GAUGAUGAUGAUGAGGGCUGCGCUUUGGUUUGAAUGCACCUGUUCAGUUCCAGUCACGUGUUGUGUUAGAAAACGUUCCUUCUCUCAUUCUGGUUCAUUUACAGCAACGUUAUUUCUGACUUGUUCAGUUUUCUGUCUCACGGAAACACACGCACGCGCGCGCACACAGUUAAAUUAGGGAAACUUCUGCUUUUGUUCUCUCUAACUUUGUCUGAUUGACACUUUAUCACCUACAAGGAAGUUAGGAUGCAAAAGAGGCUCGUGCUUUCUAAUCUGCAUCUGUUCCUGAGUGGGAACCAAAGUUUAAAGGUGCUCCAGCAGGUUAACCUGAGCGUUUCUAGUUCAGAACCAAAGGCUGGGGGUCAUUUCUUCAUGAACUCUGGUUUUUUGUUCAGCUGAGAAGCUAGCAGUAUGGAAAAGUCACAGAGAAACGCCUGCAUGGACUAGUGCUUGGUGAUGUGAGCUCAGUGGCUGCUGGCAAAGGUGCUUUCCUGAAAAUCUUACUCAGUAGAAACAUGCUUGUUUUACAAAACAGCCGUUCAUUUUAUUACAGUCUGUCACAUGUCAUGUCUGUCUGAGGCCUAGUACACACGAAGCCGGGUUUUUUUUAAACGAAUAUCCGCCCCUCCAAAAACUUGUAACAAAAAUAUUUUGAGUUGAAUGGAUAACAAAUUUUAAUUUAAUCUAACUCAAGGUUUAUGAGUAGAAUUUAUUAAUAAAUUUAAGUUCAAAGACGUAGCAUAUUUUGUUUUGCAAUUCAAAAUGUUUGAGUUGUGGGAACUUUAUUGGUUUACAGUGUGGCAACUAAAAUAUUUUGAGUUGAUUGGAUGAGCAAUUUUAAUUUAAUAAACUUCAAAUGUAUGAGUAAAAUUUAUUAAGAAAUUUUAUUCAUGAAAACUUAAAAUUUUCAGUAUCAAAACUCAAAAAAAUUGAGGCAAUUGAUUGCCUCAAAAUGUUUGAGUUCUGGGAACUUAUUUGGGCUUACAGUGCACCUCAUUAAAAAAAAACACUUAGUCCACACGUACCCGGAUAAAUACGUUGUUAAGGACAUGCCAGACCUGUAGGCGGCAGUACUUCCCCCGUUGUUAACCUCGUCCUUCGUCUGUGGUCUUCCGCAAGGAGCAGUAAUUCCUCUUGCAAAAACAAACAAGCAAAAGGCGCUUGGACAAUUGAUAAAGCGAGCGCAGCUCUGAGGGCAUCCAUGCUGUCGGCUAGUGUAAACACAGGUCGCACACGUGAUGUCAGCAUUUUUUUGUCGCGGAAAGUGACGUUGCGGACCUUAAAACUCCGGUUUUGUCCGUCCACACGCAGACACCCAAAACGGAGAAAACGCAGAUCUUCACUUUGGCCGGAGUUUUUCAAAAGAUCCGUUUUCAUGUGAAAAAACUCAGUUUUCGUGUGGAUGACAGGCCAAAACAUAGAAAAAUAUCUACGUUUUGGCAGAUCCCCGGCUACGUGUGGACAGGGCCUGAAUUGUAAUAAUCUUCAAUCAGAAAUUAUUUCACUCCUAAUCUGUCCUCUGACUUUAAUCGGCAGGAAUGAAAUUGCCAGCUGUAGUUUACAGAUGGAGUAAGAAUGAAGAUUUUAUUAAUAGCUUGAUUUUAUUUCCCCAGGGCUGUUGGAAUUUCCCAAAACGAGGCAAAAAGGGGAAUUUUAAAGAUUCGAAAAAUAGAUAUUCAUUGAUUAUGUUCUGAUGAUGUCCUGUUUUGUUUUUGGUGUCAAAAGAAUCUCUGUAGGGUCAAAUGCUCUGAAUUCUCUAGGUGGCAGAACAUGUUUCCAUGGUAGCCCCAAUAAAAGGAGGAGAAUCAUUCAGACGUAAAUGCAUGAGUCAAGAGCAACUGUUGUGAAAAUAUGUCACGUGAUUAUGUUGCUCUUUAAAGGGACUCUAGAAUUUAACGUAUUUACUUUGUUGUUGAAUAACAGCAGCUUGGGGUGUCUAACGCAGCAUACCCAAAAGCCCACACCGUCUCCUAGCUGCUAAGAGUGAGGGGGGAGCGGCUGCUUCAGAGCAAAGCUGGUUUAAGGCGUCAGAAGAAGAACACACCCCAUUACACCCGCACGUCCCAGGAUGUACCUAUCCAAACUAUGAACCGGUGCCAGGUAGAUCAUUAGCUCGUGGUUUGUGUCACUUUGUCCCUCACUUUUCCACACCACCCAACCACAUGGCACAUUUAACAUCCAUGUCCUGGCUGAGUGGGCAGGCUAAACCAGCCUUUUUAUUGCUUUCCUAACUUAUAGGGUUGCAUUUGGCCACUUAUCAGGGCUCCUGGGCCAUUGUGAGCUGCAACAAAGUUUCACACACUACAGGCUGAGGAACAGUUCCUCUCACACAAUGUGACAGAUGCAAUAAAUCAGUUCACUGCGUGUCCCAAAAAAGUAGUCUAAGGGGUAGUUAGUGAGCAGCAAACUUGUUCUCUUGAACAAGUUGGAGAAUCUGGGAUAGCAAACAGGAUGUUUCACAUUACAAACUUAUUUUCCUCCUCAAAAAGACAAAUUUAAAAUAGUGAAGUUCCCUCCAGCUAGGGAUGCUCAAUUAAUCGAAUUUUAAUCCCAAUUACGAUCUGAGUUUUGAACGAUUAUAAAAACAAAACCGAUUCUUUGCUCCUCCCACUUGCGCUGCCCUGAGUUACAAAUGAAGCGCUCCUCAGUGUUGCCAACUUAGCGACUUUGACGCUAUUUCUAACAGCUUUUCAGACCCCCUUCUUGACUUUUUAAAUCGUAAAAAUAUCUAGCGAACACCUCAGAAACAUCUCUGGUAACCCUUAGCUACUUUCUGGAUAACUGUCGUCGACAUUUCCUGCAGGUUAGCUAAACACUCCGCCUGUGCUCCGGACCGUUCUUCAGGACAUUAGGAAAGGGAAUGAUGUAGUGAUGUGUCGGUCGCUAAAGAAACGGCUCUCAGAGCCGGCUCCCUGUUGGAUUAACCAGAGUGAGUGACACAAACCGCACCUGCGGGCUCCUGAGCCGCUAAAAACAGCUAAAUGUGCGCGUGCGGCUAACACACCUACAGCUUACCCCUGAUUGCUGUGAGACCAGGUGGGGGGUGCAGCUGUGGUUGGGACAAUCAUUACAUUAACUGAUGGACCUGUAAAUAAAUAGUUUAUAAAUAAAAUAGAAAUAGAUAGAAAUAAGUUCCUCACGCUGAUAACCAGUGGCGUGUCCAGAUCUUUUAAACUGGGGUGGCCCAAGUGAGGCACAACUUUGUGCAUGGGUGGCACCAAUGGUUAUGCUUUUUUUGUUUCACCCCCAAGCCUUUUGUGGACAAUGAAAAACCUUUUUGAAGGUAAAUUAGUGUGGUGACACCUGGGGUGGCCAUUCAGAUUCCAAGGGUGGCAUAUGCUACCCCAGGCCACUCCCUGGACACGGCCCUGCUGAUAACUAAUAAGUCACAAUAAUCGUGAUUGUUAUUUUUGCCGUAAUCGAGCAGCCCUACCACCAGCUUCCUUCUGCUCUUCCUGACCAGUGACAGGAAGAGGUUCUAAGAAAAUCUUCAAUUACACCAUCAACUUGAGCCUGACCGUCUCCUCCUCUGUUGGGAAAUAAAAGCUGUUGGAGUGACGUUGAGAAAGACUAAAUGUCACAAGAUGCACCAAGACCAGCGGGGUGUCCGAGGUGGAUUUAACAGUGUCUUUUGUUCACUACACAUCUCAGAUAGGAGGCGUAGAGGUUGUUGUGCGUGUCUGGUAGAGGUGAUGACACGAUCCCAGCUCAGUGUAGCGUGAUUCUCAGAAAAGCUUCCUGUUUGUUUCUACAACUGUGGUACCGGUGAGAUCUUCGUCAUCCACUCAGCCGUUUUUGUGGUCACUGCCUUUGUGAGCGUAUGUGAGGCUUCGCCUACACACCUGUAAAGGAACAUCAACAACACUGGAGGACCGACACGUUUCACCGUGGCUGUGAUGUCUUGUGGCGUUCUGACACUGGCCACUGUGUCCUCGCCGUUUGUUGAUUGAUGCAACACGAUGUUUGGUGUGUAAAUGAGCGCGGAGCCAAACCCAAAAGCAGGAGAUCCACCUCUGGCUUCCUCCUGUUUUAACAGCAGCACAUGAAAUUUGCAUUCAGAUUUUCACGUGUUCACUGAGGAAGUAAGGACACUCAGGCUUUCUGUUUAUUAGAAGACAAACACUUUGUAUUUUGACCUGCGAGUCUCAUGGAAACAGCAGAAACUUUGGCUUUUUUUUAGCUUUCAUAAGGAAUGUUUUUCACGUAAAAUGAACGCCAAUAAGAAGCUUUUAAAGGUCUCCAGAAAACAACUUUAGGACCUGAGCCGUGAAGAUGCAGCACACCACAUGCACAGAGGACCGGAUCCAGCACGUCCUGGACCGGUGUCUGGACGGGCUGAGAAGAAGCCCCAUGGCGGCACACUCCUGGAACGUGCUGAUGUGUUCGGCAGGUCAGUCAAUGAACCGUUGGAGCUUGGAGGAGCUGGUGAAGAGAGACCCUGAGAACUUCCUCAUCCUUAUGCAGCAGAUCAUCAGGAAAACCAAAGAGGUUCAAGAGCAGUGUCAGUACGAGCUGGUGGUUCCCCUCGCUGUCAUGUUCACCUCCACCCUGCUGCAGACUCCGUACUGUCCUCAGAGCUCAGAGAUCCUAGAGGACGCCAUCGAGGUGUUUUACACCUUCCUCACAUGGCCCGAGCCUUACUGUGGCGUGUGCAAGGAGCUCCUCUCCACACUACAGCUGGAGAUCAAAGCUCCGGGGAUUUCCUUUCAGAGGCUGGUUAGAGAAGAACAGGGCCUAAACAUCCCCAAACUAAGCCCAAAAACCAUGACUGUGUUGCUGAUGAAUCCAGGUGAGGUUCCUGCUGACUUUCUCUCGGUGGCCGAGCAGCUCAGCCACAUUCAGCACUCGCAGAAAGACACCUACAUCACGCUGAUUAAGCACGCCUUCCAGUCCACGUUUGGCACCAAGUAUCCUCUUCAGAGCAUCCACAAGGCCCUGCAGCUAAAAAACGAAAACGAAGUGGAGAAGAUCUUUUCUUCUGUGAGCGAGAUCUUAGAGGCCGCUGCCGCGAUGAGUGACCCGAUAAACGCUCGCAGUCAUGUCGUCCAGAAUCUGGAGGGCUUGAGGGACGGGCUGAAAAUCCCUUCAUCCAACGGGAGGAAGUCUGAUGGAAUGCUUCAGACGUUGCCUUUACCUACCGCCAAAAGCUACAUGUUUCACUGGGAGAAGGAUAACUUUGAUGUUCUCAACACCCUUUUGGAGCAUGAACCUAAUGAUUUCUUCACAAACGAGUUUGAUGAUGAUGAUGUGACAAAGAAUGAUGUGGACGAAGAGGAAGAAAAAGAGAGACAUGGCGGCCAUGGCGUCGUCUCCUCUUUAAACAUCACUGAUGACUUCAGUGGCAAUCAUCGCGCCUCCACCAUCUCCUCCCUUUCCACCACCUCAAAAGACUCUAUGUUCUCUACCUUGUCCAUGACCUCUGAGUCCUACUUCCCGUCCCUCAUCUCUAUAACGUCUGGAGUCGACAGCGACUACUUUGAUGAUUCCGACGACUACAACUCUUCCCCUGUGAUGGACAAAUGUUCCCCGAAGUCGACCAAAGUCUCAGCUCGUCUCAGUCAGCACUUUCAGCGGCUCUUUCCCAAACCCAAGAGCCCUCGGAUGCUUUCCCGAGCCAAGAGUUUGUGUAACGCUGAAACGAAAGACCCCGUAAUGGUUCGAGAAACGCGUUCCAACUCUCUCCCCCAGCAAGUCAAGUUAUUCAGUUCUGAACCCCUUUCUGGACCGCAAAACCAAACUCUCCGACACAUGUGCUUUCGACGGAGGCCCAUUCUGAGCAGCGAUGAGGACAAUAAGAACAUUACGCUCAGGGUGGUGGUGUUUGGUGCCGAUCACAUGGCGGGGAAGGUGGCUCGAGCCUACAGCAGCCUGAGGUUGAAGGAGAGCGUGUGUCCACGUCUCACCAGAGCCUUUAAACUCCAGUUCUACUUCGUGCCUGUCAAGAGAGACCCAUCAGGCGGACCGGGAACUCGAAGAGCUUCUAGUCCUUUGGUACAAGUUGGGUCUCCAAAAGCAGCGGCUGCGCCUUGUGACAACAACCACGCGGUGUCAGGUAACAGCACUAAUGACAUUGCACAUCUGUUGGGCAUGUUGGAUCCGUGGUAUGAAAGAAACACCCUCAGCCUGCUCAAGUUGCCUACCAACGUCGUCUGCCAGCAAACCUCGAAAACAGAGUCGGAGUCUUACGAUAGUUCAUACGAGCAGCGCCUACCCAUCCUAGCAGACUUGGUGCUGUACUACUGCCGCUACGCCACUCGGCAGUCACUAAUCCAGCUCUAUCAUGCUGAGCUGACGUUGGCUAGUGGUGAGAAGAGAACCGAGGUGUUCAUCCACUCCCUGGAGCUGGGUCACACUGCAGGAACGCGAGCCAUCAAGGCCAUGGGCGCUGCCAGCAAACGCUUUGGGAUUGAUGGAGACAGAGAGGCGGUGCCUCUGAACCUGGAGAUGGUUUACAACAGAGUAGUCAUCAGUGGAAGAAGCCAGUGGAUAAAAGAAAACAAAGUCUGUACUUCGGUGAACUUAAUCAAAGCCUGCAAGAACCCAGAGGAGCUAGACUCCAAGAUGGAGUGCCUGCAGCUUACCAUGACCGAGGUCCUGAAGAGACAAAACGGGAAAAGCAAGAAAAGCUACAACCAGCAGCUGACCAUGACUGAGGUGAAAGUGGACAAGGUGCACGUCAGUGGAACAGGAAACACAACUUUUGCCGUGUGUCUGGACCAGGAUGAGAAGAAGAUCCUCCAAAGUGUCACAAGGUGUGAAAUAAAAGUCUGCUACAAGCCUGACAGCUCAGCUGACUGGCACCUGAGAAAAUUACCGACCUCCGCUCAAAUCCAGCCUCUCAACCCCACCUUCUGCUCCCUUUUGUGCCUGCCCAUCGUCACCUUCAGUGGAGCUCUUCCCUGAGACCUUUCACCCCCGGGUGGAGUCGGCUCAAAGACACUUUUCAGCACCGUUAGUUCACAUGUGAAUAUUGGUCGAACUGCAGAAGAAAAAGACGUGUGAGACUAUCUUCUUGUUGUCUUGAUGGUCUCAAAUUCACAUGGUGGUGGAAACCUGAGGACUUGCACACAGAAACUCCAGACAUUUGCCUUCUGACCAGCGCCAUCGACACAUACAAAGAAGCUGCACAAAACCAAGACGGACUAAAACACUCUUGCUUGUAUUUUCAUUUUAUUUAUGAAAAGAACCUUUCAGGCUUCAUUCUCUAGGUUUCAGCUCCUCUUUUUGUGUUUGCAGACCAAACUGACUGUAACCGCAACCCCGUUAGAAUGUAUGGGGGUGGAUCGGGGGCAAGAAUGCAGACAUGGCACCACACAGACUAGAGACACAGUUUUAAUGUGGGAGUCAGGGUCUUCCUAUGUAAAAUAUCUCUUCAUGUUUUUUUAUGGAAACUAACUUGUAUAAACCAUUAAGGGUUUAGCCAAAGACUGGAUUGAGAAACUGAUUAUUUGACGAUAUCUGAGAAUGCACACUAUAGAUGUAUCAUAUGUAAAUGCAAUUGUUUUUAGAUAUUUUAUUUUAUAGUGCAAUUUUGUGUUUUAUAUCUAUUAUUUUCUUUGAAACGUUUUCUCACCACAAUUUUUGUCUGCAAUUAUAUAUAUGACCAGCAGGGGGCACUGUUGAUUUUUCAGAAUCUAAAUCUGUCUUCACCUGUUGGAUUUUUUAUCUUAAUUCCUGUAAAAUGUGUUAAAAAUAGAUUUAAAAAAAGAUGUAACUGGCUGUAAAUUGCGUUUGGGUGUUCUUUGUAACUAAUUAUUCGCACUUUCAACAAUGUAAAACAAAGUUUUUUUUAAAUAUUUUUUUAAAGGAAUAAUGUCCUGUUUACUUGAUUAAGAAUAAAGUUUGAAAUCCAGCACGCUCA